AUGGCCGCCUACAAGAAGCCAGCAGGCGCUGGUCGCGACCAUCUGGAUAUGAACGUAACCUUCACUCGCACAAUAUCACCGGACAAAAUAGGUAAACUGAUCGUGGAAAUCGUCAAGUACGUCCUCUACGAGCGCGAGCAACUACCGAUGCCAUACGACGACCUGAAACGCCACGUCGAAGACGUUGCGCAAAGUCAGAGCGCUCAAAAGAAGGCCGUUGAUCCUUUCCUGCUGGCCAAGCAACGCAAGGCCAUCACCAGCCUCCAAGGCAUGGACGCCAUCUUCAGUGUCGCUCAGGACCUCAUUCGCGAGCGGAAGGUCACUAAGGUCCUCCUGCUGUUUGGGGCCACUGCGAUGUCGCCCGUUGAGAGCUACCUCAUUCGUGUGCCGCAGCGCCGCCAGGGCUGCCGCAGCUGCGGAACGUCUGCAGGAUUCCGGCGAUGCAUGCUAGACGUCCUGGAGGCCUUUCUCCGCGUUGAAUCAACCCGCAGGGCGGUUGCCACUGCAUCCAAGUUGACGACGUUUCUGCUCGUCAGGAGGGAAGAUGUCGUUCUCAACCUCAUGGAUGUCAAGCCUAGCUUCGUCGUGCCACUUAAGGGCAAUCUCACAACGCUCGACCUCGCGCUUCCGUCAUGCCCGCAUGAUGUCCUGGAGGAUGGCCUGAAAGUCUGGUCCGACGCCAUCCAGGACGUGUCCACGUACGCCGACGAAGACCUGCCUCAGAGUUGUCCGGAGGAAUUCGUGUGGGUGCAGUGCAAGCCAGUGUUCCAGACUGUAGGGGCCGGCACGUUUGUGAAGGAAGUGCCGUCCGACUCUACGAAAAAUUCACUUCUUAGAUAGCAAGACGCACCAGCGGCACAUUUUAUCUCUGUCGCUAGCUCCUACUAAAAUGAGUGUUAAGUGCCGCUCGUUACAAGAAGUUCGUGUCUGUGAUUUCCCAUACGUCAGCUUGCAGAACUGAGUACUUUAAUUUGCUUCAUGCAGAUUAAGUAUGGCAGCCAGCAUGCAGUGGUUGCUAUGGUGAGUUGGCAAGUCAGUUCUACACAGGCGGCAUGUGUCUGCAGCUGCACAGACAGUUAUAACUUUCCUGGUGAUGAAGAAAGGAACUGUUGUCGACUGUUUGGCAUCAAGCCACCUUGCUAUUUCAACUUUGGCGUUAUGUUUUGCCCAUAGCCGAACAGGACACUGUGAGUGUGGUCUGAUGCUGCAAGAGUUCAGUGUGUGUUCGUCGUGGAAGUGAGUGGUUCCUUUUGGAGCCUACCAGGAUACUUUGCGGAAGAUUGGUACGAGCUGGCACUUUAGAUGGUUACCCUCUGGCACGUCCGCAGAAAAUGAAUCACCUGAGGCAUCUAAAAACUCGAUUCAGAUACUGUGUUGCCAGAAAUGGUGAGACUAAAUAUUUAAUGUUAGCUUACACUACGGACUGCUGUGACAAAUGUCAGCAUUUAGGACAGCAACAACUCCUUGUGGGUCACAUCAGCUCAUUGCAACAGUUGUUUGUGUACCUUUUUAAGGUACGUAUGAUAGAGAAUCUAGAGGGCCAACCCAUCUUGGCUUUCAGGAGGAAUUCCAACCUAAACAGAAAGUUGAGCGGUACGGUAGUGGUUCACGACUUGUGAAGGUAGACCCAGGACAACAGCAGAACGAAAAAACAAGGCAGUGUAAACGUUCUCUGUUGUUGCUUCUAUUCCAGUUUCUUGGAUUCACGAAUGGAAAAGUAUACUUAAAUUUUAUGUUUUGCAGAAUAAGCACUACAGGCCUACUUCUAGAAACUUCGUAUAAAUAUGCAAAAAGAUGUAUGUUGUAGGCCAAGAAUGCAAGUUUGAAUGCACGAAGUGUAUAGGAGACCUUUGUUUAAACUUUGCCAUGACAUAUGCUCAAACAAUCUUGUGUAAUUAG